AUGGCUCCCAUCACUGAAGAGGCCGUUUCGGGCCUGAAGAACACCAUCAACCAGCUUGAGGCUAAGGUGUCCGAGCUUGAGAGCCGUCUCGCCAAUGGCGGCAAGCCCAAGUCCGCCGCCGAGCAGAUGCGCAUCAUCUUGAUGGGUCCUCCUGGCGCAGGCAAGGGUACUCAAGCCCCGAACCUCAAGGAAAAGUACUGCGCGUGCCACCUGGCCACCGGAGACAUGCUGCGUUCCCAGGUCGCCAAAAAGACCGAGCUUGGAAAGGAGGCCAAGAAGAUCAUGGACCAGGGUGGUCUCGUUAGCGACGAGAUCAUGGUCAACAUGAUCAAGAGCGAGCUGGACAACAACACAGAGUGCAAGAACGGUUUCAUUUUGGAUGGUUUCCCCCGGACAGUCGCGCAGGCCGAGCGUCUCGAUGACAUGCUUAUUGCCCGUGACCAGAAGCUUCAGCACGCCAUUGAGCUGCAGAUUGAUGAUUCCCUGUUGGUGGCUCGUAUCACCGGUCGCUUGGUCCACCCUGCCUCUGGCCGCUCGUACCACAAAAUCUUCAACCCACCCAAGGAGGAGAUGAAGGACGACAUCUCCGGAGAGCCGCUGAUCCAGCGCUCCGAUGACAAUGCCAAUACCCUUACCAAGCGUCUGGCUACUUACCACGCCCAGACUACCCCCGUUGUCGAAUACUACAAGAAGACCGGCAUCUGGCGCGGCAUUGAUGCCAGCCAGGAGCCUGGUCAGGUGUGGAAGAGCAUCCUUGGUGUCUUCCGCCAGUAA